AUGCCCAAGAGAAUUCUCUGUUCGUUUGGUGUCGAUGUUGACGCAGUUGCUGGCUGGCUUGGUUCAUACGGAGGCGAAGACUCACCAAGCGACAUCUCUCGUGGCCUCUUUGCCGGAACUCAUGGAGUUCGUCGGAUGCUGAAGCUUUUCGACAAAUACAAUAUCAAGACAACUUGGUUCAUUCCUGGGCACAGUCUUGAGACCUUCCCAGAAGAAUGUGCCAUGGUACGCGAUGCAGGCCACGAAAUUGGUCUUCACGGGUACUCUCACGAGAACCCCUCAGAUAUGACCUUCGAGCAGCAACGCGAUGUGCUGGAAAAGACACAUAAGAUGCUUACAGACUUCUGCGGGAAGCCUCCGCGAGGAAGUGUUGCCCCUUGGUGGGAGACCAGCAAGGAGGGUGUGGAUCUGAUGCUAAGCUAUGGAAUUGAAUACGACCACUCCAUGUCUCACGACGACUGCCAUAUGUACUGGCUGAGGACUAACGAUAGCUGGACCAAGAUUGAUUACACACAAAAGGCCGAGACUUGGAUGAAGCCUUUGGUGAAAGGCAAGGAUACUGGUCUUGUUGAGAUUCCAGCAAAUUGGUAUUUAGAUGAGUAUGUUCACCCCGUCAAUGAAAUUGGGAAGAUAUUCGUUGCUUGGUGUUCUGCGCUGACUGUUUACAGCCUUCCACCCAUGAUGUUCGUCAAAAAUAGCCCCAAUAGUCACGGCUGGGUCAACUCGCGAGACGUCGAAGAUUUGUGGCGAGACCACUUUGACUACUUCUACAGAGAGUACGCCGAUGAUCCUGAUGAGAUCUGCGUGUUCCCCAUCACAUGCCAUCCAGAUGUGUCUGGUCGACCACAUGUGCUUCUCAUGCACGAGAGGCUGAUUGAGUAUAUCAAUAAACAUGAAGGCGUCGAGUGGGUGACGAUGGAGCAGAUGUGCGAUGAGUUCAAGAAGAAGAACAAGCCGCCAAAGGGCGCUGUGAUGCCAUCGACGAAGGAAUAG